CACACACUAGCCAAACCGAUCUAAUAAAUAGCAAAACAAAAGCAUUCUGUGGAACAUAACAAGAAAGAUGCUUGGUUUUUCUUUGUAUCUCUCGUUCCUUUUGCUCCCUCAGUUUUUUGCCAUCUCCUCAGCCGUGUUGCCAAACUAUACUCCUACCGAUAAUAUCCUCCUUAACUGUGGAGCAUCUUUCAAGACUAAUUCUUCGGAUGGUCGACAAUGGAACACGGAUUCACCAUACAGCUCAAACACUUCAACAACAAGCUCCACACAAUCUGAACCACCUCCUUCCGUCGACCAAAUCCCUUACUCAACUGCUCGCGUAUUCCCUUCCAAAUUCACCUAUAAAAUCCCCGUCUCUGGAGCUGGUCAGAAAUUUCUACGCCUCUACUUUUACCCAACAACCUACUCGCAGAGUCUUGACAUGAACAACUCGUUUUUCUCAGUCCAUACAGCAAACCACUCUCUUCUAUCCAACUUCAGCGUCUCUCUCAACCUCCAGAAAGAUUUUGUUACUCUUGUCAAAGAAUACAUAAUUACCGUCGAUGAAAGUCGUUCACUAGAGGUGACAUUUACCCCCAAUCCGAAAUCAUUUGCUUUUGUCAAUGGCAUUGAAGUUGUUUCCAUCCCAGACAAGCUCUACAGUGGUGUCAUUAAAUUAUUGGGUAAUUAUAAUGGCUAUCCUAUUGAUGAUUCCAUUGCACUGGAAAAUCUCUACCGGCUAAACGUAGGCGAAACUGGUGACAUUUCCUCAACCGAUGAUACUGGAAUGUUUCGCUCAUGGGACAGAGACGAGCCAUAUUUGCUCGGCGGUACCCUUGGAUUAACACCAACUCUCAAAAUUCCAAUCAAAUAUACGUCAGACACUCCACCCUACACGGCCCCUGAGAUUGUUUACUACAGUGCCCGGUCUAUGAACUUAGAGAGUUAUGGCUCCAACUUGACUUGGGCCUUUCCAGUGGAUUCUGGGUUUUAUUAUCUACUUAGACUUCAUUUUUGUGAGUUAGUAAUGCUCAUAAAUGGCCCUCACCUACGAGUAUUUAAUAUUUUCAUCAACAAUCAGACAGCCGAGAAACAUGCAGAUGUUUUUUAUUGGACGGGCGGAAGAGGAAUUCCGGUGUAUAAAGACUACGUCGCAUAUGUCAGUGACAACCUAGAUGGUAGCAACUCCAAGACAGAUUUGUGGCUUGCAUUGCACCCUAGCAUAGAUGAUCCUGUCUGCCAAAAUGCAAUUUUGAAUGGGUUGGAGAUUUUUAAGUUGAGUAAAGGAGAUACCCUUGCUGCACCCAAUCCCGAAUCACUUGAGCCAGCUCUUCCACCGGAAACAGUAAAAUCUAGACAUGUCCAAAAGAGAGGUCCAAUUGUAAGCAUUUGUAUUAUUGGAGGUUCACUCGGGGGAGUAAUUCUGUUUUCAUUAAUACUAGUUGGUUUUCUACUACACAAGCGAAGAACACCAAGAUCUCAGGACAUUGACCACAAGUCAAGAUCAACUACCAAUAAUAUUUCAUCAUUUCCGUCAGUUAGGAGCAAGAAAUUCUCUUUGGAAGAGAUAAAACUAGCUACUGGCAACUUUGAUGACAAUUUUAUCAUUGGGAGAGGAGGCUUUGGUAACGUGUAUAAAGGGUAUUUGGAGAACGGUGUGUACACAGUCGCGAUCAAGAGGUUGAAUCCAUCAUCACGACAGGGGUUUCACGAGUUCCAAACAGAGAUAAAGAUGCUAUCAAAUUUACGACACCUUCAUCUGGUGCCCCUGAUCGGAUACAGUAAUGAUGGCGGCGAGAUGAUACUGGUGUAUGAUUAUAUGGCUCAAGGAACCCUCAGUAGUCAUCUUUAUGGGAAAAAUAAUCACCAGUUGUCUUGGAAGCAGAGGCUACAAAUUUGCAUUGGUGCAGCAAAAGGAUUGCAUUAUCUACAUUCAGGUAUUGAACGGAUGAUAAUCCACCGUGAUGUCAAGUCAACAAAUAUUUUGUUGGACGAGAAUAUGGUGGCCAAGGUUUCUGAUUUCGGUUUGUCUAGAGUGGGUCCACGCGACCCGACAGUCACACAUAUUAGCACAAUAGUGAAGGGGAGUUUCGGGUACUUGGAUCCUGAAUACUACAAAAGGAAGCAAAUAACUUGCAAAUCAGACGUUUAUUCGUUUGGAGUGGUGUUGUUUGAAGUGUUGUGUGCUAGGCCAGCGAUUAUGCCAGAUUUACCGAUGGAACAAGUGAAUUUAGCCUACUGGGCUCGAAAUUGUUACAGGGAAGGCAACUUGGUGGAAAUAGUGGAUAAAAAUUUAAUAGGUGAGAUUGCAGUGGAGAGUUUGAACAAGUUUGGAGAAGUGGGAUAUAGUUGUCUCAGAGAACAAGGGACUGAUAGGCCAAGCAUGAGCGACGUUGUUUGGAACCUCGAAUUUGCAUUGCAGCUUCAAGAGUCUUCGGAGAUGUUGGACAAAAAUGUGCACUCUAAUCUGCGUGAUCAUCAAAAUGUUCAUCUGCUGAGUGAUGCCAAGGACUACAUUGCGAAGAUCUAUCACAAACUCUUCUCGAGUACAGCUACCGUGACCAGUAGUGCUAAGAGUGGUGGAUUCAAGUCUGGAAUUGGAAGUGUUUUCUCUGAAAUUUUCAACCUGAAAGCACGAUAAGAUUGCCAGAGCAGGGACUCAUAAAAUUGGCAUUCAACUCAAAGGCAAAUGCGCCUACCCACAAUAAAGACCUUUAGUAUUUGUAAGGUAAUUUUCUUUUAUGAGUUGGAAAGAAAGUAAUUUGUCAUGUCUUUCACUGAGUUAAGAUUUAGAAAGGGGACCGAAUGUAGGUCCUUUUAAUAUGUUUUUCUACACAGCCUCGGAAUAAUUACUGAUGCUGUUAUAUUGGUGUAAUGAUAAUAUUACGAAGAAAUGUAAUAAAUAUUUAUUUUAUUUA